AUGACUGAUAUACUAAGAUGGAUGAGAGAAUUAUAAGUAAAGUGAAUUCUAUUAUAAGUUUCUAAUUUGUGAGUAAGGUGUGAGCCAUGGGAAAAAGAUGAUUUGUGAUAAUAUUAAAAACCAUCUAUUUUUGAAAAGAAGGAAAUGUGAAUUUUCAUUAGAAUUGAGGGAGAUUAGCUAUAAAAAUAUUGAAUAGAAUUAGGAAGAACUAGGUAGGAUAUAAAUUACGUUAAAAUGAAAAAAAUACAAUAAGGAGGACUCUAAGUAAUAACUAAUAA